AUUACCUCUAUCAUGGCCGCCACAGCUCCUUCUCAAGCUUGCUUCAUUUGUAACGAGACUGGGCACUAUGCUAGGAAUUGUCCACGACAAUUUGAUGAUGACUCGCGAGCGCGUCGUCGCCCACAGAACUGCUAUAACUGUGGUCAACCUGAUCAUCUCGCCCGAGAUUGUCCCAAGGACCAAAGCAAUGACAGGCCGUGCUUCAAGUGUCAACAAGUAGGGCACUUCGCAAGGGAUUGCCCAUCAGCUGACACGAGGAACUGCUUUCGUUGUGGCCAGUCUGGUCAUCUGGCACGUGAGUGUCCUAACGAGGAAAACAAUCAAGAUAACAACAACAACAAUCGUGGUGGUGGUGGAGGAAGGAACUGUUUCCACUGUGGUAAGCCCGGACACCUGGCACGUAACUGCAGGAAUAGUUGAGUUGAUGCCGAGGAUGUUGGUCGUGUCUCCGCAUAUAUUAGUUUCAUGUU